CACUGACAUGGAGUGGACUCCUGCUGUAAACCAUGUGUUGAAGCUGCAUGACCUUCACCACGUUUGGUCCAUGUUUGGUCCUGAGCAUCAGACUCCAGCAGAGCCCUGUGUGCUGUAUAAAGCCUGAACAGCACAGCUGACCUCAUACUGCCAGCAGACACCUGAGAGCAGGAUGGUGGCACAGGUCAGCACCAUGACGGUUCCCAUGAUGCUACUUUUGGGAGUCUCUUCUUUAUUCUGGUCCCUGGCUCCAGCAGCGGGCUUUAACCUGCCGUUCUGCCAGCUCGUCAACCAGACGGUGUCCCUGGAGAAGGACGGCUGUCCCACGUGUCACCGAGUGGAAACUACCAUCUGCAGCGGCCACUGCUUGACCAAGGACCCCGUCAUGAAGAUCCGGUACAGGAACAUGCGCCAGGAUGUGUGCACGUACCAGGACUUUUACUAUAAGACAGUUGAGCUUCCUGACUGUCUGCCUGGCGUGGACCCAACCGUCACCUACCCCGUGGCUUUGAGCUGCCACUGUGGCGGCUGCAACAUGGCCACAACCGACUGCACCUUCGAGAGCCUGCAGCCAGACUUUUGCAUGAAUGACAUUCCUUUUUACUACUAGUGUCACGUAACAGUAACUUAAAGCAAAUUAAAGACCUAAAGCAUUG